AUGAAUCUUUUAAUAUCGCGUCAUAUUGUACGUCCAUUUCUAUUUAAAAGUUUUCUUCAUAUUAAUGUACCAUCAUCAUCUUCUGUAAUUCUGAAGCGUUUCGUAUCAUCAAAUAAUAAUAAUAAUAAUAAUAAUAAUAAUGAAACAGAAACACCCAAAUCAAUAAAUAGAAAUGAUUUUGAAAAAUCUUUUAAAGAGUUUGAACGUAAUGAAAAAAAUCGUGGUGCUAACGUAGCAUUUUAUCUGAGUUCAGUGGCUAUUCUAAUGCUUGGUUUAACUUAUGCAUCUGUACCUUUGUAUAAAAUGUUUUGUGAAGCUACUGGUUUUGAUGGAGUUUUAAGAAAAAAUCAAGAUGCUGAAGUUGUAUCAGCAAAUGUAAGAAAAUUAUCACAGCGAAUAGAUAAAUCACAUCCAUCAAUACGAAUAAAUUUUUCUUCGACGCCAUCAUCACUUUUGCCGUGGACAUUCGUGCCAGAACAAACCGACAUAACUAUUCAACCAGGUGAAACGGCUCUAGCUUUUUAUCGAGCUAAAAAUGAAUCAAAUCGGCCAAUUAUUGGUAUAGCAACUUAUAAUGUUCAACCUUCACAAGCAGCGUUUUAUUUUAAUAAAAUUCAAUGUUUUUGUUUUGAAGAGCAACGUCUAGAACCAGGUGAAGAAAUUGAUAUGCCAGUAUUUUUUUAUAUUGAUCCGGAAUUUCUGCGUGAUCCUAAUUUACAAGGUGUUCAAGAUAUUAGUUUAUCUUAUACAUUUUUUGAAAGCAAAGGAACAGAACAUUUGGCGUUGAUGGGUGGCGAUCCAACAAAACCUCAUAUUAAAUUAAAACCAAGUGAAGCAUUACCAUAUUCUCAUCGACAUGCUGAGAAAAUAAAAACUGUUACUUCGUAG